AUGCGUUUCAUCCAGCUCCUCCCCAUCCUCCCAGCACUUGCUGCGGCGCAAGAGCAGGUUCCCAUCGCGGAUCGCGUCCAGGGUUGGUUCAACAAAGCCAAGUCUUUUCUGCCCACGGCUACUCCGGUGAUCCCCGCCGCGGUUGAAAAGGUGGUUGAACAGAAGAUUCAAGAAAAGACUGUCACCCCUUUCAACCUUUCCAACUGGCAAUCCCUUCUGGCGCCAUCUGACGAGCCUAAGGACUGGUUUGUCUUUAUUACUGGUGGAAACAAGACGUGCUUUGGACGUUGUUAUCAAUCGGAGAAAUCGUUCAAUGAAUCCGUUCUUCUGUUCUCUGCUGAUCCAACCUCGCCCAACCUUGGUUACCUGGACUGCGAAUCGAACAGGGUCCUCUGCUCUGCCUGGGCCGCUGGUGCUCCGUCCAUUUCGUACUUCAAGGUCCCUGCUCAGGUCGGCGAGGAGCGCCCUGCCACCGCGCAAUACAAUGUGUACUUCAACUCGACAACUGUAACGGCUGAGUCCCUUUACAAAAUUCACUCUGAGAAGACCUAUGAGAAGCGGGGCGCGUACGAGGGCUCCUUCCACGUUACGGAUAGCUGGCUUGCGGAGAGGGGACUCUUGAUCCCUGCAGGCUAUGUUAUCUAUGCCUUCAGCGCAAUCCCAAGCUGGCUCUUCAUGAUCUUCAUCAGCUUCUUCAGCCGCUCUAUGAUGGGCCGCCGAAUGGGAAACACGGGAGCCCCCGCUGCUCGCUAA